UUCCGUCACGCGAGCGAACGCAUAAAUGUUACAUCAGGCACAUAAGAUACGACAUAUUGCUUUAAUCGGGCUACAUGAAAGGCUGAUCCUGCGUCGACUCUGCGCUUUGUGAGGUACCCGACGUAAGAAAUGUUCGUGGAGCAUCCGCGGGCAGGCAAGCUUCUACUUCGGCGCGCCUGCUGCAUAGCCAGUCCGUAGGAAAGGCCAAGCAAGAUCACGACCCCAUGCGGGCGCCAGGGCAAUGGUGUUCAUGGGGCGUUGGGGAGCACGCGCACGCGUGGCCCGCCCCGCACGACAUUCUUUAACAGGGAAGGUGCCCGUUCAGCGCGCGCGCGCGCCCCGCACAGUAUCAUCAAGCAGUGAGAUCAAGAGCGAGGCGGGAGGGCAGGGGGCGACGAUCGCUGUUGGGAACGAAGAGGAGCCCCACCCGCCGCCAGCCCGUAGCAGCGGCGCGCGCCCCAAGGAGCGGCGGCGCGGCGCGGGACCACCCUCGUGGCGCGCCUCCACGCCGCCCGAGAAGCUCCAAAACCUGGCGCAGGAAGACAGAGGGUCCGCGGCUCCAGUGGUGAUCUUCGGCGAUGCUGCACUUUCUUGCAACGCCAUCGGUUUUCCUGACCGCGUGCGCAUGCACCUACCCUUUCCGGGCCGACUCUGGGCCCACAAUCGGUGCACACGACCUCCCGACGUGGCUAGGGAGGCAGAAGAUCCGAUCCCGGGCCCAGGAUGGGCCUGGCCCCGAUCGGUGUACAUGUUGGUUCUCUUCGCCCGACCUGGUCGGGUCCGUGGCGCCUCUCAGCGCCACCGAGACGGGUAUAAAACGCCCAGUCGGCCCCAGAAAAUUGCCGCUCCUAAGCGGCAAGGGUCCGUGGGAACAGUGGAGAGAGCCAGCCGGGCACGUGGCAGCCCUGCCAACCUGAAAAGCGGGGCCACCACGCGACUAAGCCCUAACACUUCAAACAAUCAGCCGAAUGCCUGGCCAGGGAGCAUCCGCGAGGACUGGAGCCAGCCAGCGAGGGCAACGGCGCAAGGGGGAUGAGAAGGAGGAGGAUGCGGACUGAUCGAACAAGGACAAGAGAUGCCCAUCAAUAAAAACUUGCCGCCCCGAAAACUCGCGGGGCUACGAUGUCAGCAAGACUCCCAAUCCAGCACCGUCCGUCGGAGGAUCCCCGUGAAUCCGCCUCCGUGACCGCGAAUCCGCCAUCGCAACAGGUACCUUUCUGCCCUUCCUUUGAACGAUGUUUGGACACGGUGCCAGAAUUUGACGCAGGCAGCUGGACAAACUGGCAAGGAGGAAAAUCCCUUCGCUGCUGGGCGCCACACCUCGAGAGUCCAGACUGCCUUAAAACUCGAAGCUCCAAAGAGCUACGGGCCGCAUCCGUCGUUGAUCUCCAGCAGCCGCGGCCUUCUCUGGAGGCCGUCGGCGUGGGCUGUCAGGCGGUGGCCCUCCAGGCAGCUUCUCGUGACUGGGCACGCCUGGUGGCAAAGACCCGCCAGCUGCAGGGUGGACCAGCAUCCGUCCGUUCACGGUCCGACUGCACGUAAAUAGUGACCCUACUCCAAAAUAAGCGUUAAUUUGGGGGGCGUCACCCCCGCCGACAGCCCCACAUCGACCCCCGUCGCGGGCAGCCACCGCGCGCCAAAGGCGCUCCGACCCCCGUCGCGGCGCGACGACGAGGCGAGGUUGACCCCUGUCGGAAGGGGUACCCCCCCACGCUUAUUAAGAAACCCAAAGUAGGCAAGGAGUGAACUAGGUGGGCGGCGUUCCGAUCGCUGCAUGCACUGCGACAACAGCGCUGGCCCGCGUGCCGAAGUCUG